AUGUCAAAGUACCAGGGUGUGACGGACUUGAAGCCGUUGAUAUUGCAGUUGAAUGCAACUCAACAGUCGGCUUUGCUCGACCGUCUGUUUUCAAUUGCGCGGGCCAGCAAUGAAGACAUUGACCUGUCCCCUCCUGUCGUGAGGAUAGUAUGGGUUUUGCUUGCGAUGUCGACGAUUGUGGUCACCACUAGAUUGGCGGUCAAGUAUCGGACGACCCGUCGGCUCUACCUGGAUGAUGGACUUAUGGCUGUCGCUCUGGUACUUGGUUGGGUCCAUGCUGUCUUCCUACAAGUCUCCUUUACCAAUGGUCUUGGUCGCCAUGUUUACUUCCUGGAACCCGCCCAAAGAUAUCUUGCUCUUAAAUAUGGAUUUAUCUCUUUGGUGUGGAGCUAUCUCUGUCCCUUGUUCGGACGACUCAGCUUCUGUGCUUUCCUCCUUUGCGUUGCAGAGACCGAUCCUCGAACCAAGAAGUGGCCAAUCUGGAUCUUUAUCGUUCUUCAGAUCAUUGUCAAUGUUCUAGCAUCUGUUCUGCUUCUCAGUACUUGUGGAACGCAUAUUGAAGACUUGUGGCUCCUGAACCUCGGAAACUAUUUCGAAUAUUGCUUGCCUGUUCAGGUUCAGACAGACUAUGCUUACUUUGCUGGAUCCUUCAACACAUUUACCGACCUCUUCCUGACCAUUCAACCCGCCAUGUUGAUUGUGCAUACCAAAUUGGCCACCUCAAACAAGAUUGGUGUCGCCUCUCUCUUCUGCUUGAGCAUCAUAGCUAUGAUUGCAGCCGUCGUCAGGACAGUCGCCGCGCAUAUACUCAAUGAUGUUGGUGACUAUACCUACGAACUUACGCCAUAUAUUACUUGGGUGUCAGUUGAGCUGAAUGUCGUCCUCACCGUCACGUCAUUGCCUCUUCUCCGACCCCUUGCCCAAGAAGCGCGCGAACGAGCAACCAGAAUGCUGUCCGUAAAUCGCAAGACCAAAGAGCCUUGGGAUGACACAAUAUCACUGCGGAGCAUCCACACCCAUACACAGAAUGACGAAAAGAGCAAAACAGGAGCCGGCGUAGGUGUCGUUGCGUUGAGCGCAACACCAGCUCAUAAUGGCUUCGUGGCACAACAAGAUCCUGAAGCUGUCAUACGCACUGUCGAGGUGGAGAUCAGUUACGAGAAAAAUGAGACGCCGAUGAUACAUGCUGCGUUGGUUGGCUUGGUCCAAGGGCAAGCGAUGGAACGUCUGGCUGGCCGAUGA